AUGGACGGGCAGCCACGCCACCGGGAGGAAGUGGAGCUCCCUUUCCGAGAUGCCCAUCUCGGAGAUGGUCUUGUAGCGGAUGCAAGCUUCAACUGGAAGCCAGUGGAGAGAGUGGAGGAGCGGGGUGACGUGAGAGAACUUGGGAAGGUUGAAGGUGCCACCAACCUCCUGUACUCUACUCCCUCUCCCUCUGACAGACAAAUAGUAACUUUAUACUGCAUUAAGACUGGACUGGGUCCUCCUGUCACAGGCUGCAUUAAGACUGGACUGAGUCCUCCUGUCACAGGCUGCAUUAAGACUGGACUGAGUCCUCCUGUCACAGGCUGCAUUAAGACUGGACUGGGUCCUCCUGUCACAGGCUGCAUUAAGACUGGACUGGGUCCUACUGUCACAGGCUGCAUUAAGACUGGACUGAGUCCUCCUGUCACAGGCUGCAUUAAGACUGGACUGGGUCCUCCUGUCACAGGCUGCAUUAAGACUGGACUGGGUCCUACUGUCACAGGCUGCAUUAAGACUAGACUGAGUCCUCCCGUCACAGGCUGCAUUAAGACUGGACUGAGUCCUCCUGUCACAGGCUGCAUUAAGACUGGACUGGGUCCUACUGUCACAGGCUGCAUUAAGACUGGACUGAGUCCUACUGUCACAGGCUGCAUUAAGACUGGACUGAGUCCUACUGUCACAGGCUGCAUUAAGACUGGACUGAGUCCUACUGUCACAGGCUGCAUUAAGACUGGACUGGGUCCUACUGUCACAGGCUGCAUUAAGACUGGACUGAGUCCUACUGUCACAGGCUGCAUUAAGACUGGACUGGGUCCUACUGUCACAGGCUGCAUUAAGACUGGACUGGGUCCUCCUGUCACAGGCUGCAUUAAGACUGGACUGAGUCCUACUGUCACAGGCUGCAUUAAGACUGGACUGAGUCCUCCUGUCACAGGCUGCAUUAAGACUGGACUGAGUCCUACUGUCACAGGCUGCAUUAAGACUGGACUGGGUCCUACUGUCACAGGCUGCAUUAAGACUGGACUGAGUCCUCCUGUCACAGGCUGCAUUAAGACUGGACUGAGUCCUACUGUCACAGGCUGCAUUAAGACUGGACUGGGUCCUACUGUCACAGGCUGCAUUAAGACUGGGGUCCUGUCUGGGCUCUAAGAGUCUCCAACUUUGUGCGUGCAUAUGUCAGCCACAAGGACAGUCUCCCCAGUCCAUCAUGGAAGACCCACAGAAUACCAGACCACUCUGAGCAGAUCUGUCAACAUCCUGUGAGACUGCAGUGUAUUAGCAGUAAUACAGUCUGAUAGAGCCCAUAAAUCCCAGUCAGCUGGAGGAAAAUGGACUCUGACAUGAUAAUGAAGACGUCCCAACCAGGCAACAGUCUGGCCUGCGCUGGAAGUUAAACUAAUAUUAUCAAACCCAAAUAAUUUCACUGUUUGCAGAAUACUAUCAACAAAGCAAGACACUAAACAACAACAGAAAGCUGAUCAGAACCAUAUUGCCGUGCAACAUUCCUCUGGCCUGGCUGGCCUGCUUGGCUGGCUGGCUGGCCGGCCGGGGCGUGUGUGCGUGCAUGCAUGAGCCUCAGGAGAUGACUGUGUGGUUGACAACAUUCUAACAACAAGGCAGUGUCAGGAGGAAGGACUGAAACGCUAGUGACACGGUGUUAACCAGGAUCAACCCCCUGCUACUCUGGUCCGAUAGACUGAGUUUAUAGUAUGUCUGGGGUAUAGGACUGGGGCUAAGGUAUCGGGUUGAGGCUGGGGCUCAUGUAUAAAGCUUGUGAGUAUAAGCCUGGGGUAAUUAUUUGUAUUUACUCAUUUUACUUUUAUUUAACUAGGCAAGUCAGUUAAGAACAAAUUCUUAUUUUCAAUAACGGCCUAGGAACCUUGGGUUAACUGCCUUGUUCAGGGACAUAAUGACAGAUUUUUACCUUGUCGGGGAUUCAAUCUUGCAACCUUUCGGUUACUAGUCCAACGCUCUAAUCACUAGGCUACCUGCCGCCAGAGAUAUAGGACUGGGGUAUACGCCUGGGGUAUAGGACUGGGGUAUAGGGCUGGGGCUCAUGUAUAAAGCUUUGGAAUAAGCCUGGGGUAUAAGUCUGGGGUAUAAGUCUGAGGUAUAGGACUGGGGUAUAGGACUGGGGUAUAAGUCUGGGGUAUAAGUCCGGGGUAUAAGCCUGGGGUAUAGGACUGGGAUAUAAAUCUGGGGUAUAAGUCUGGGGUAUAGGACUGGGAUAUAAAUCUGGGGUAUAGGUCUGAGGUAUAGAACUGGGGUAUAAAUCUGGGGUAUAAGUCUGGGGUAUAAGCCUGGGGUAUAGGACUGGGGUAUAAGUCUGGGGUAUAGGUCUGAGGUAUAGAACUGGGGUAUAAGUCUGGGGUAUAAGUCCGGGGUAUAAGCCUGGGGUAUAGGACUGGGAUAUAAAUCUGGGGUAUAAGCCUGGGGUAUAGGACUGGGAUAUAAAUCUGGGGUAUAAGUCUGGGGUAUAGGACUGGGGUAUAAGUCUGGGGUAUAGGUCUGAGGUAUAGAACUGGGGUAUAAAUCUGGGGUAUAAGUCCGGGGUAUAAGCCUGGGGUAUAGGACUGGGAUAUAAAUCUGGGGUAUAAGUCUGGGGUAUAGGACUGGGGUAUAAGUCUGGGGUAUAGGUCUGAGGUAUAGAACUGGGGUAUAAAGUCUGGGGUAUAAGUCCGGGGUAUAAGUCUGGGGUAUAGGACUGGGAUAUAAGUGUGAUGCUUGAAUGAUGACUAGCUUGUAGACAUUUUUCCACACCACUCAGUAGCUAUGAGCUGGUGAUGGUAAGGUUCGUGCUAAAUAUAAUACAACAAAUAUUAUUACAUAACAUACAGUCCAUUAGAGAUGCUGUUGAGGCAUGUGGCUCAGAUUUAGCCGUGACCGCGGUAAACUGAUCUCUGGCUGGGGGCCAGCAGCAGAAUGUUCAGUUAUUAUGGAGGUUCAGACAAUCAAGUACAUUUACAAUUACAUUUGAGUAAUUUAGCCGACGCUCUUAUCCAGAGAGACUUACAGUCUUUCAUGUCUGUUUCCAUCAUGAGAAAAAGUAAACUCAUGGACGGUAACUAGAUAAGAUACAAACACUCUCAGUUUCUCAUCUUGUCCUCAGUAGUCAACUUCUGAGCCAUUGUUUGAUUCUAUAAAGCACCAGGCUGAAAGAGAGGUCAAUAGGUUGGGAUAGUUGAAUGUGUGUGUGUCUGUAUGUGUGUGCCUGUAUGUAUGCAUGUGUAGUCUCUGUAAGGACAUGGUCUUUCAUAUAGGGUGACUGAUCCUUGGGGCUAUGUGUGAUGAGGUUGAGGAUCAGGUCUGUGAGAGCUCUUUAUUCUGAAUGAGAACUUAUUUCUAGGUGUAAUGCUGUUGUUUCCAGUGCUGACCUGGGGAGAGGAGGGUCAACUUAGAGAGAACAGCAGAGUAACCUAAUAUAGAAACACUGACUUUACAAUCUGUAAAGAGUUAGGAGGCAGAUAAGGAGAGUGUGUGUGUGUGUGUGUGUGUGUGUGUGUGUGUGUGUGUGUGUGUGUGUGUGUGUGUGUGUGUGUGUGUGUGUGUGUGUGUGUGUGUGUGCGUGUGUGUGUGUAUAGUUAAACCAAACACAUACACACACACAGAAGAGAGGGAUUACAAAUGGUUCUGGGCAGGGAUCCCACCAUAACGGGAAUUCCACCCCAGAUCACCAAUCUGAACAUGUUUACCUACCAAUGAGAACUGGGAGGCUGUGCGUGUGUGCGUGUGUGCGUGUGUGCGUGUGUGUGUGUGUGUGUGUGUGUGUGUGUGUGUGCGUGCGUGCGUGCGUGCGUGUGUGUGUGUGUGUGUUUUGUUUAACUAUACUUGUGGUACCAGAAGUCCUCAAAAGGAUAAUAAAACAAGGAAAAUGAAUUCAUUCCGCCGGUUCUCACAAGGAAAAAUGCUAUUUUAGGUUUAGGUUAAGGUUAAGGUUACAAUUAGGGUUAGGUAUAGUUUUAGGGUUAGGUAUAGUUUUAGGGUUAGGUAUAGUUUUAGGGUUAGGUAUAGUUUUAGGGUUAGGUAUAGUUUUAGGGUUAGGUAUAGUUUUAGGGUUAGGUAUAGUUUUAGGGUUAGGUAUAGUUUUAGGGUUAGGUAUAGUUUUAGGGUUAGGUAUAGUUUUAGGGUUAGGUAUAGUUUUAGGGUUAGGUAUAGUUUUAGGGUUAGGUAUAGUUUUAGGGUUAGGUAUAGUUUUAGGGUUAGGUAUUGUUUUAGGGUUAGAGCUUUGGAGUUAAGGUUAGGUUAUGGUUAGGUUAAGGCAUAAGGUUAGAGUUAGAUUUAUCGUUCGGGAUAAUCGGAUAGUGGAUGGGAAUAAAUUAUUUGAUUCCCAAGGAUAGCAAUAUAAAACUGUGCACGUGUGUGUAUAUGUGUGUGUGUGUGUGUGUGUGUGUGUGUGAGGUCAGAGGAAACCCAGGGCUUUCGUGACUGGGGAUGAGAGCGAGGAGAGGGGGUGGGCGGGGAGAUACCAUCAGGCCCUGAUUUCUGUGGUUAUGAUGACAUCCAGAUAAUAACACACACACACACA